AUGAGCAUUUCGACAAGACUCUCGAUUGCGUGGGAUUCGGCCCCGGAGCCCGCAGAGGCCACCGACACACUGAUUCUCAACUCACCAAAGGAUAAGUUUGUGGACGUGCGCCCGCUGAUCAAGUCCGAUCUCGCGUUCCCCUUUGAGUGGGCUUUUGCAGGGGAGGCCAAGCUGCUGGCAGCUGACGGGUCCAAGCUCGAGUUCUCGCACGAUUUCUUUGACUCUGUGUUCAUCCACGAGUGGACCGAGGCCAAGAAGAGGGAAUUGGCCGGCCAGGCCGCGAAAUACCCGUUGAAGGAAGACAUCUCCAAAGAUGUGGGAUACUUUGAAAAGCUGCCUGACGGGACCCGUCGCGAAACGGGGGCCAUGCUCAACUCUGCCACGGGCAAGGUGGAGAACUACGUGGAGAUGUGGAUGAGUGUGGACCCACUCAAGUCGAGCCCAGACAAGAAAGUCCAGGUGUCGUCGUCCAGCAUCGAGCCCGUGCCGUGCCGCGUGUUCGAGGUGAAGAGCGGCGGCGAGGGCAGGUUUAUGCGGGUGGGCAAUUGGGCACAGGGCGUGUUCUGGGACAAGAACAACCUGGAGCAGCCGAUUUCUGUGGUCAGACUGUUCUAUAACGGCAGCUGGUCUCCCGUGCUGGAACACGGUUCGGUGGACAUGUUCCCCGCUGCUGAUGCGAGCGUCCAAGUGGGGGAGACUGUUGAACGCGGAACCGUUGUGUGGCACGCGGUGGAAUAA